AUGGAGGCCCCCCUGGACGUGCCCGUAGGGAACCUCAUCGACUUCGAUGCCGAAACGCCCACCUGCAUCCCCUCAGAGCCCUCCCCUCCCACUGCCCCCAGUGGCAACGGGCACCUGGGGGACACGGGGUCCCGGGAUGAGGCGACGGCCGAGCGCCGGGAGUUCAUGAGGCACUACGUGGAGAAGAUCUUCACCGGGGGUGAGGAUUUGGACCAGGAAGAGAAGGCCAGGUUUGGUGAGCUCUGCAGCAGCGAGAACGGGAAGGGCAGGGAGUGGUUUGCGAGAUACGUGAGUGCCCAGCGCUGCAACUCCAAGUGUGUCUCAGAGCAAACCUUCUACCGCCUGAUGCAGUCCUUCGCCCUCGUGCUGUUCGAGUGUCACCAAAUGGAUGACUUCAGCCCUGCCAAGAACCUCAUGACCAUGUGUUUCACCUACUACUAUGUGGGCAAGACCCACGCGCUGCCCUCGGAGGCCAAGGAGAAGCCCAUGGGCAGCAUCGACUCGUACCUGAAGUCAGCCAACAGCUGGCUGGCGGAGAAGAAGGACAUUGCAGAGCGACUGCUGAAAAACACAUCGGCCAAGACAGAGAAUGUCAAGGGCUUCUUCGGGGGCCUGGAGACCAAACUGAAGGGUCCUACCACCAAAAAGAGCGACGAAGGUGAGGACAAACCAAAGGAGAAGCUGAAGAAGACGGUUUCUGUGCAGAGCCCAGAGGAGGAGAAGAAAGGCGAGAAGAUCUACCUGUACAUGCACCUCAAGCAGCAGCCGAUCUGGCACAACCUGCGGUUUUGGAACGCCGCCUUCUUCGACGCCGUGCACUGCGAGCGCAGGAAGAGGUCGCCCACCACCAGAGGGAACACUGGGGAGGAAGAGGAGAAGAGGGAGAAGUGGUGCCACAUGACGCAGGAGGAACGUGACGACAGCCUCCGCUUCAACGAGAACAUCACCUUCGGGCAGCUGGGCACCUUCAUUCACAACAUGCUGGCGUUCGGCCUGAACAAGAAGCUCUGCAGCGACUUCCUGAAGAAGCAGGCGACCAUCGGCAAUUUGGAUGAAGAGCAAUACAAGCUGCUCAGCGACCACAUCGAGCAGAUGGCCGCGGAAUAG